AUGCAUUUCCCUAAAGAUCGUGUUCAAGUUGUCCUUGAAAGUGAUUUUAUUAAAGCUUUAUUCUCAUACGACAAGGAUUACGAGCAUAUCAACAUUAUAUCAGAUGUAAUUGGAUCAUUGAUAUAUGACCAAUCUCUAUAUUUUCCAUCAUUAAUAGAAAAUGGCUUAUUAAAUUUUUUUAUACAGAAUCCAUCAUGGAUAGAAUACUACGUGACCACCGGAAAACAACUACAGACAAUAUCUAUUUUGACAAUUGCUAAGUUAAUUUCUAUUUCAUUCCCAGAAUACGUUGAUCAAAUCAUUUCUCAUCCAAAAUUCAUGAAUUUACUUUUAAUUCUCAUGAAAAAGCCACAACAACCAUUCGACUGGGAAAUACAGAAAUAUAUACUCAGUAUUGAGACUUAUUAUCAGAUAAUUUUACUUGAGCCAUCAUAUAUCAGUAAAUACUACCGAACAUUAUAUCCUAGUCUUGAAUAUUCGUUUAAUUCUACAAUUGAUAAAGUCAAAGAAACAACUCCUCUUAUUAUUCAAUUAUUAAAGCGAUUUUUCGUUGAAGCCGACUUUAUCGAGUGUCUUGGCAUCGAUACAAAUAAAAUGACGUUUAUUUUAUCAGUUAUUACCAAUGGAAAUGACAAAGAAAAAUCUUCAAUUCUUGAUCUUUUAAUUGAGAUGUCAUCAUGGCCACAGAUAUCAUCUCUUUUGCUUAAAUUAGAUUUCAUCAACUUUUCAAUUGAUUUCUCUCGUAAUAACCAAGAUUUUUCAAAUUUAUUAUUUGAUGUUGUUUCAAACAUGAUGAGUCACCAAGAUAUAUGCGAAAACAUACUUAAUAUUGAUGGUUUUGUUGACAAUUUCGUUGAUUUAGUUCUAAAUGGAAGUAUUAAAGUGUCAAUGUCUUGUUGCUUAUGUAUUUCAUGGAUUGUUUACUACAAAGAUCUUGACUACAUCGAGAAGGUUGUGACUGAUGACGUUUUCGAAACACUUUCGGAUUAUUUGACAGAAAAUUCAGUAAAAUAUGUCAAAAUCAUGCUUGCUGCACUAGAGAAUGUUCUUAAUAAAGAAUCUACAUGCGGAAAGAAACGAUUUCAUCAAUUACUUUCAGAUGAAACUGUUUAUGACCAAAUUCACUCAUAUUUUGAUUCAUCUGAUGAAGAAUUAUCAAUUACUGCUUCUAGCAUUUUGAAAAUGCUCGAUGCACAAUAA